CAAGAUACGGUUCAAAUCACGCAGCCGCCCAGCUGAUAGCAACAUGGGCCUGGCAUACAACGUUUACCUCAACUGCAAGCGCAUCUACGGCUGCAAGUCAUGCAAGACUCAUCUUGCCGACCACGAUGACAUAGUGAGCAGAAACUUCCGUGGCCAGCAUGGAAAGGCUUUCCUCUUUAACAACGUCGUAAACAUCAACCAAGGCGAGGCUGGCGAGCGCAACAUGACUACUGGAAGACAUGUCGUACGAGACAUCAGCUGCAGACAAUGCAAAGAGACGGUCGGGUGGAAGUACGACAAGGCGUACGAGCCUGCUGAAAAGUACAAGGAGGGCAAAUACAUUCUGGAAGCAGAACUGCUCUGCAACGUCAACUGAGCAUGGCACUUCGUCACUUUACGAAGGUCAACGAGGCGUUUUACUAUGGAUGGGAUUUAUGAGAACAAUGCAAG